CAUGUCCUGCGCAAGGAUGAUACGCAUAAAUCGGGAAAUGUUCCAAUAUAAUUUUUUCUCUCUUUUUGCUCUUGAUCAAUCCAUCUUCUUUUACCUUGAUGCUCUCCAGAGUUUCAAUUUUCCCCAAAUCUGUGUCUGCUGGGUUGGACCGUAGCAGCUCUGCACUGGCGUCCUCUUUCAACGUUGUCGGAAGUUUCUUGCCCGAUUGGAACUCUGUUCUGGUUCUUUGAGGCGGAGGCUUCUGAAUUUUUCGUUUCGCCGUUUAUUUCUCGUGAAUUUGGGUCAUUUUUUGGGUUUUUCGGCAGUGUUUCAUCGUUUCUCGUAUUUUGAUUUCGUGGGGAACUUGGUUUCAUUUUUGGAGAAGAUAGUUCAAUGUUAUUGCAAAAGUGUGUAAACAGGUUAUCGAGGUUGGGGAGUCUAGAGCCCGGAAAAUAUUUUUUGGUUUCUUCCCUUUGUGAUGAAAUGGAAGGCAAAGUUAUCAGCAACGGAGGAGAAGAUCACAGAGUGUCGAAACAUGUUAUCAAGGGAAAUGGAAAAGAAGCAUCUUUAUUAAACAGUGAAACAAAGAGAUCGUCCUUCAGUUUUUUGUUCAAUCAAGAACCUCAAUUAGUUGGUACGGGGACUUCCAGGGCACUAUAUCGUCAUUACAGCUCCCAGCAUAAUAUCGCAGAUGUUAAACACAAGCUGUUGGGUUCUAUUCCUAAAUUUGUGAAGAUAGUAGAAGUUGGUCCAAGAGACGGACUGCAAAAUGAGAAGGAGAUUGUACCAACAUCGGUGAAGGUGGAAUUAAUAAAGAUGCUUGUUGCUUCUGGGUUGCCUGUUGUUGAGGCUACUAGUUUUGUCUCGCCAAAAUGGGUUCCUCAGCUAGCUGAUGCAAAGGAUGUAAUGUCAGCCAUUCAGGGCAUUGAGCAUUCUAGAUUUCCAGUUUUGACACCUAAUAUUAAAGGUUUUGAGGCUGCUAUGGCAGCUGGAGCAAAAGAAGUUGCUGUCUUUGCUGCAGCAUCUGAGUCCUUUUCCAAGUCAAAUAUAAACUGUAGUAUUGAAGAUAGUCUUGCUCGGUACCGUGAUGUUGCCCUUGCUGCUCAAAACCACGCCAUUCCAGUUCGUGGAUACAUAUCGUGUGUUGUGGGUUGUCCGGUGGAAGGAGCAGUACCUCCAUCAAAAGUAGCAUAUGUUGCUGAAGAACUUUAUAGAAUGGGUUGUGCUGAAAUAUCACUUGGUGAUACAAUUGGUGUUGGCACUCCUGGUACUGUCAUUCCAAUGCUUCAAGCUGUUCUUGAGGUUGUUCCUGUUGAGAAGCUUGCUGUACACUUCCAUGACACAUAUGGGCAAGCCCUUUCAAACAUUCUCUUAUCACUCCAAAUGGGUAUCAGUGUUGUAGACUCCUCUAUAUCCGGCCUUGGUGGUUGCCCAUAUGCCAAAGGUGCUUCUGGAAAUGUUGCUACUGAGGAUGUCGUCUACAUGCUUAACGGUCUGGGGGUCAACACGAAUGUUGAUCUUGGAAAACUCAUCUUUGCUGGAGAUUAUAUUUGCAAACACUUGGCCCGUCCUUCUGGUUCUAAAGCUGCAAUUGCCUUGAGCAGAACCUUCGCUGACGCCUCUAAGCUUUAAGGUAAUUUCCCGAUGCAUCUGUUGGUGCUCGAUGAAAUCAUGCUUCGUUGCCGCUUUAUUACACUCUGAGAACAGUCGCUGAAGCUCCUGAGAGUUUCCAGUUCGACUGGUUAGUAACAUGAAUGCUCGUGGAAAACGACCUCAAACGUAAGGAGUCGACUGAAUCGGCUCUGUUGGCGCCCUGUAGUUUUCUGGAAAUUAAGGUUUAUGAACUAUCAAUAGACAAUAGUAUUUACAUUUUUCUGAUUACAUAAAUCCAUCAACAAUUGAGUACUAAUAUUUAUCAAUUAAAAUUUAUAGAUACCAA